ACUGAGGGGGCGGGCCAAGGCCAGGAAGGCUCGGCCGAGGAAGAGCGGCCAAGGCACGGCACGGCUCGCUUUGGUUCGUCUCGGUGUGCAGCCGCUGCCUCGGUCCGCGGCGAUGUCGGGCUCGGAGCAGCCGCGGGAGGGCACUGUCCAGCUGGAUAGCAGACCUGUAUUACCCACCACAGAUGGAAAURAGAACAUCACAGAAGUAGAUGCAUUUGAUACAAGCAGACAAACACUUGAUCCUGGAGUGGAAUACAAAAUGAGCCAUCCUAGAAGAGGAGUUGCAUUAAUCUUCAAUCACGAGCUCUUUAAUUGGCGUUUAACRCUGCCACACAGAAAUGGGACUAUGGCAGACAGAGACAAUCUGAAACGCAGUUUGACAGACCUUGGGUUUGAAGUCAGACCUUUUGAUAACCUGAAAGCAGAUGAGGUGCUGCAGAAAAUUCAUGAAGCCUCUAUGGAUGACCACAGUAAUGCUGACUGCUUUGUGUGUGUGCUCCUGAGCCAUGGUGAAGAUGAUCACAUUUAUGCAUAUGAUGAUAAAAUCAAAAUUCAGACAAUCACAGACAUGUUCAGAGGAGACAAGUGCCAGAGCUUGGUAGGAAAACCAAAGAUAUUUAUCAUUCAGGCCUGUCGAGGCGAUAAACACGACGAUCCAGUCAUUGCAUACGAUUCAACAGACAGCAGCCACGAAUGCUCUGUCAGUGAGACAGAAGUGGAUGCAGCUGCUGUCUACACCCUGCCCGCUGGUGCAGACUUCAUCAUGUGCUACUCAGUGGCGCAAGGCUACUAUUCUCAUCGUGACACUUUAUAUGGCUCCUGGUACAUCCAAGAUUUGUGUGAGACACUUAGGAAGCACGGAUCUUCCUUGGAGUUCACAGAACUUCUUACUCUUGUUAACAGGAAAGUAUCUCAUCGCAGAGUGGAUAGAUGCAAAAACAUUAAUGCUAUAGGGAAAAAACAGAUUCCUUGUUUUGCCUCAAUGUUAACUAAAAAAUUGUAUUUCCGUCCAAAAUCUAAGUAGAUUAAAUAACAAUGAAGAUCAUUGCUAUUACUUGCCGCAUAAGUAAAAAAAACUGCCUUAGUUGAGGAGAUUAAUACUCUACAAGAUUCUCUGCAAAAUCACUGGGAUCAAACAUUACAGUUUGUGUACCUAAUAAUUUCUAAAAUCUUAAAACAAUUUUAAAGCUAGAAUUAUACUAGGGAAUUCAGCUCAGGGAAUUUGGGAAAAGUUGACUGGUGCAAAACUAUUAGAAGGUGCUCAGAUUUUAUUGAAAUUGAUACUCUAGAUUACUUGUUUCUUAAAAGCCUUUUGCUUGAUUGCCAUCUAACUAUGGCACAUUUUACUAUUUCCAAAACAUUUCUAAUGUUGCAUUAGAUUUACUUGUCUUGCUCCAAGAGCACGGUUUACAGAGAAUGUGUUUGUAGGGCAUCUUUUUACAUUUGUGGAUGGAAGUAUCCACCUUCCUUGCUAUUUUUGUGGCUUUAUUGAGCUUUUUAUACAUUUUUUAAUUUUUCUCUCGACACUAGAAAGGAACUUAAUUCCUUGAGUACCAUUGUAGCAUAAAUAUAGGAUGAAUUAAAUAGGGUGGAUUAAUAAGGGGUUUCAUUUGCUUGAACAUCACUUAUGUUUGGGGCACAAUUACAGCUUGCUGGUGCUUUGCAUCCUCAGGAGAAAAGCAAGCAGUGGUGAGAGGAGGGCACGUGCAGCUUGCUUAGGGUGACUCUGGGUAAGCUUGCCUUGCCUUGUCCAGAUCUCUAAAGCUAAAGAUGCAGGACAUCUCGAGGCAGCUCUGCAAAAUGUAACAUAGGCAAACCUCCAUCCUUCAGGCCUUGGUGGUGGAUCAGCCUCCUCUUGGCCCUGGAGAAGAAGAGCCAUACCUCUGUCACUGUGUGCACAAAAGUCUUAGUGCAUGGUCACCACAGGAUUGUUACCAUUGCAGCAUCAAUAACUGCAGUGGUACUGACUUGAAGCAAAUAUUUCUCUUCUUCCUGUUUUGGGGGGUUGUUUACAUUAUUACAUGUCCCUUUAGGAGACAAUGGAAAAUUCACACUGAGCAGUGUCUUUAUCCACUUUCCUGGGGAUAAAAUAAUCAAUUUACUGGCUCUGCUUUAGUUAAGUCUUUUCAUACACUAUGUUCUGAGUCAUAGAUGUUAUAUCUUACUACAACUGCUUUUAAGCUUUGUAUGAAUCAUGUAUGUAUGAACAUUUUGAUAAAUUCUUCCAAUAAAAUGCAACAGUGAAACAUAAAUGAUUUUAUAGUGAGUUUCGAGAUACCUUACUUUUCCAGCACUGUUUACUAAAAACACUUAAUUGUCAUGCUAAUCUAUACUGCACCUGUGGUGCUACAGAGUCAAUGCACAGACUAGGGAAAAGGAAACAGUAAUUGCAGGAAAGGAAUCUUUACUACUCCAUGCAGAAGUUAAUUAUCCUGUGAGUACUGCUGUGUUGCAGCAAAUGGUACUAAAAAUACCCUUGUUAAUAAACUUGCUUUCAUUUUACCAGCGGUAAGAAUGCCUCCUUUGUACUAAUGAGACUUGACAAAUAUUAUGAAGAACUUUGCUUCAGC